AUGGCUGACUCCGUCGAAUCUACACAGCCUGUGCCUCGUGCCAGCAAACCUGUCAGCGAGACUCUACUGAACGAAAAGUGGGACCGCGCAAUUUCGUCCCUCCUCAUUCGAUCCUCUGUCGGUCUCGGUUUUGGUGUUGUAUUUUCGAUCCUUCUGUUCAAGAGACGAGCAUGGCCUGCGUGGAUAGGUCUGGGUUUCGGUGCCGGCCGAGCAUGGGAAGAAGCUGAUGCUUCUUUCCGACGAGGCGAUCAGCCGUGGUCUCAGAACCUCCGCUUCCCAAGAUCCUAA